ACUUUAAAAAUAAAAAGUCGAUAUAUCGGCAUUUAGGCAUUAUUAAUUAUUCUUGAUGAACAUACGGCAGUAUUGACAUGGAGUAAUCUUUCAUUGUUACACACCUGUUGCAUCAAAACAGCUACAGUAAUUGAUUUCUUUUUCUAACAAUCGAAUAAACCGGUAAAUAUACCAACCGAACAGUCAAAUACGAAGCCACUCCGCAUAGUUUCGGAAAAAAGAUUAUUCUUAUGUAAGAGUGAGAAAAUUCGGAGAAUUUUAAACCGGCGUGCUCUACCUGUAAUGCAGUUAUUUUUAUCUACAGGUAAAGCGAUCGCGCAGGGCUUGUGUAUUUAUUUCCCUCAUUGACAUUAGUCAUAAAACGAACAAGCAGUAAAGGGGUUAAUCAAGGACAGAACAAUCAACGUUGUCUGAUAGUAGCACAUCUUCAUACCUGUCAAAACGCAGGUGAGAAGGAAAUACACGCAAGUGUCCCACAGAUAAAAGAUUUAUCGAUAUAUGUGUGUUGUUAACAUGGCCUGAACCGUCUUGUAUAGCGAACAACUACACAAACCACAUAACAUGGUGACAUAAUUCCUCUGGAAUGAAGUCAACCUGUGUCCUGAUGCUUGUCUCGCUCUUUCAAAUGUUCAAGACGCAUACCUCAGUAUCUACUGCAGAGUCCUUGUGCGAUUUACUGCAAUGUCAACACUCGUGUCCAUGCAUGAUCAUAAACGAGCUCUCCAGUAAUGGGAGUUACAUUGCGAGAGCAAAAUGCCUGUGCAUCGGAAGUUACGUAGGAAAAAACUGCGAGGGCAAAUUAUCCAUUUCAGAACCCAAAGCCAAGACAACUUCUGUCUCUUUUAAUGUUCAAAUCAGUUCUUCGAUGCCUAUUUCAGACCCAGUGCAAUAUGUUCCCGAGGACAUCACAGUUCAUUACUGGCAAAACUAUAGUCAACUCACGUGUAGUAUUUUCACCGGGAAAAUGGGUAAACUCUUAACCAUUCAAAACCUACUCCCAGAAACAUUAUACACGCUCUGUGUGGUGAAUGGAAACGUGAACUAUUGCAACCUUCAUGAUGAACAACUCAAUUCCUCCCUAAGUUGUAUAGAAAUUUCAACACCUCUAAGUGAUUCUGAGGAAAUGAAUAAUGAUAAAGAAGAGGAUUGGAUACUUCCUGUGAUAGCCGUGUGUAGUGUGAUGGUCAUACUCUCAAGUGUCUGUCUGUGUUCUGUAGCUAACUGUAGAAAGCGGAGCAAAGUUCAUCUUAAGAACAGAGACUCAAAGGGGCAGCAACAAUGUCUUUCUGCAGAGCUUGACUUAUUUCUGCCCCAGAAUCGUAUGGAAGAAUAUGUGCCAAAUGUGUCGAAUGCCCAUGAAAGGAAUAUGAACAUACACUCGACUUUCCCGAGAUCUGUGCCGGUGGUUCGUCCCCCCAACAUUCCGGGACGCCCCCCUCACAAGAUGAGUCAACAAAGCAUGGGGUAUUCGUCAUUUACAUUAAGGAACUCGAAAUCCCUCUCCCUAAAUACAGUAUUAGAGUGCAGUGGGGAGGAGUGCCCCAGAGAUAACGAGAUAGAUAAUUUAAUCUCAUCUAAUAAAGAAAACACAUAGCCAUGAAUUGAAUCAUUA